AUGACCUACAGACUUGUUUUUGAAAGUUACCUAAAACAAAUUGUCAAUGUCAUCAUUAAUGCAAGUGAUGAGGACCGGACACUGCACUUGGAAACUCUCAACCCACAGUCCAAGCAGUUCCACAAGUUGAUCGUCAGGGGCUGCUGGGCUGCCGGAACACUGCAGUGCCCAAUAUUUCAAGGCCAUGGGAAAAACCUCAAGUAUCUAGCUCUAAGCUGGUGUGGUCUUCAGGAAGACCCGCUACUGCUUAUUGCUCCACAUGUACCAAACCUCACCUAUCUGAGUCUUAACAGGGUGAGCAGCACAGAGACAAUGGUUAUUUCUGAAGGGUCCUUUCCACAGCUAAAGACACUAAUACUGAAGAACAUGCUCAAUGUCAAGCAGUUGACAGUUGGGAAGGAUGCUCUUCCAAAUAUUGAAGGUUUAUAUAUUGUGGCGCUGCCGAAACUGAAUAAGGUUCCUCAAGGAUUUGAAUCCCUUGUGUCUUUAAGGAAGCUGUGGUUACUGUCUCUGCAUAAGGAUUUCAAAAUCCUGUGGGAGCUAAGUAGAAUGCGCCAGAAGAUGCCAGAAGUGGUGGAGGUUCGCGUCGAGUGA